UCUGUCAGCGACAAACGUUCCGCCAUGGUCUAUUGGUAUUCUCUCCUUGCGAUGGCUUUUUGCUUUCGUAUAAAUGCAAAUGACAUUAGCAAUGAGAUAGUUUUGACCAAAGAAGUAGAAACUUCUAUUGCUGAGGACACUGAAACUGUGCCCACUGGUUUUCCCUACGUAGUGUCCAUACAGGAGAACACCAAAGGAUACUACAAGCAUCUCUGCGGUGGAGCCAUCAUCGAUGUCCAAUUCGUGUUGACGGCUGCACAUUGCGUUACAAAGCCCACGCCCCUCGAGCCGGAUCAAUUGUUUGUCGUGGGUGGCUCCCAUACGUUAAACAGCAUGAAUGAGACACGCUUCAGAGUUGACAGGAUGAAGAUACAUCCUGAUUUCAAGCUGCUUCGCGGACAUGACAUCGUCUUGCUGCGCGUCAAGCCGAAAUUCCAGUUGGACAAUGUUCGAUUUAGCAUUAUUAAGUACAAAGAAAUUAGACGAGGUGGCGGGAUAAAUGCCACAUUUUUGGGCUGGGGGCGUUUGAAACGUGGCGAAAAAAAAGAUCUGGACUUGGUACCCUUCGAGACGAUCAAGGACACAGAGUGCCGGCUUACUCACAAAUUCGUCUUUCUCACAAGAUCAGAGAUGUGUGCCGUGCACACGGGAAUUCGACGUGGUGCCUGUGAUGGCGAUUCCGGUGGACCCUUGGUGGAUGGUAACAAACACUAUCUGUACGGCUUGCUUUCCUAUGGCAGAAAGGCUUGUCAGAAGGGACAACCCUAUGCAUUUACCCGCAUCAGCAUGUAUGGGAAUUGGAUACGAGACGAAAUGAAUGAAAUGAAUGUGAUUUGAAGUAGAAGUUAAAUUUGAUUUACCGCGCAAAUAAAAACAGCUUACGAUGCAAC